UUCACCCGCGCUGCUUGUGCUGCUGCCUCGCUUCUUAUAGAGAGCGUUUAAGAAACUAUCUGAGAAGAACCUCGAUAUAUCCGAUACGACGCCGGAGAAAACUGAGUCCCUCGAAGAAAGUGUGGAUAAUAUGAUAUAUUGAUUUAGUUUCGAACAGCCUCUGUGUGAACUUGCCUCUGCUGCACAGAAAUGCAUAUUGUAUGUGCAUACAAGAUAUAGGAAUAUAAGGCCUGUGCGCAUGCCUAUAUGUGAGUGUUAUUGAUUCGAAACGUAACAUCAGUGUUUUGAAAAACGCGCUUUUUUUUUGCCCUGUUUGGGCAUUUCUUUUUUUACCUGUGAACCAAAGUGAACCGAAGUUCGCGACUUGUGAAAUCUUCGGCCAUUGUUGUGAAAGAGCGGUUGUCUGGGUUUGGGUUCUCCUACCUGGCGUUAUAAUCGCCGCCUCUAAAAUAAAAAAAGCUUAAGCUAAACUGCUGCCGUCGGGCUUUUGCUUUUAUUUGCGGUUAAAAUAUUUGCGGGCUUCACCAACGGCGCCUUUCGGAAUUGGAUAUUCCAGUUCGAAUUCGGAAUCGAGCUGAUCUUGACCAGCCCAAGAUCCGUAGUAUGCGACCGCUGCCAUGCUGCUGAGACAACGGCUGGACAACGGCUAGGGCUGUGGACAAGGAUCUAGAUCAGGAUCAGGAUCGGGAUCGGUUCAUGGUCAUGGAGUGCAACAGGAUGCGGAUCAGGAGUCGCUGGUUGGGUCUGCUAAUCUGCCUUUGGCUGUUCGUGAAAACACAUGGUGUAAAUGGGGGAGGAGGAGGAGGAGCACCUAGUGGCCCUCUGUACGGUCUCCAUUCCGACGAACUGGUGGCGGGUGAGGGGCAGCUGGUGGUGCCACGGCGAGUCCAUCCCGAUGGGUCGUUUAUGACCCACUCGCUGGAGUUUGCCCACGAUCGUGACCAUCGGCGGCAUCGCCAGAGGCGUAGUUUGGCCACGGAACAGGAUGCCCAGCCGGUGGAUCUGCACCUCCAAGUGCCGCUGGCGAAUGAGACACUGCAUCUGGAGCUCACGGCGCACAGCUACUUCUUGGCCCCCAAUUUGGUGGUGGAGCGGCAUCGACGGGACUUGCGCACGCGGUCACCUUUGACCCCGAGGCACCUCAACUGCCACUUCCAUGGCAAGGUGCGCGGCCAAACGGACACCAAUGUGGCCAUCUCCACCUGCUCCGGACUGGUGGGUCACAUCCGGACGUCCAGCAACGAGUACUUCAUCGAGCCCUCCAAGCAACACGAUCCACAUCCGGCUAACGGUCAUCCGCACGUGGUCUUCCAGCGCUCCUCCGUGAGACCGAAGCAUCCGUCGAGGAAACGGAACAAAAACAAGCGCAAACGGGUCGGAGCAUCGGGAUCCGGAGCUGAGGUCAGCAACUGCGGAACCCGGGAGCCUCGCCGGCGAAUGGAGACGCGGCUGGAGUGGCAGUCCAGGGGCAAGGUGAAGAUCCAGGGAGGUCGCCAGAUAAGGCGGCACCACAAGCACAAGUUCCAACAUCAUCAGCAGCAGCAGCAGCAGAAAAGCCAUCGGGUGCCGCAUACCAAGUUCAAGUACGAGACGCAGUUCCAAGCGGAGCAGGAUCCUCAUCUGGAGAUCCCUCCCAGACGGCGACGAUCCAUCAGCAGUCCAAGGCAUGUGGAAACCCUGAUUGUGGCCGAUGCCACCAUGUCGGCCUUUCACAAGGACCUCAAUGGCUACCUGCUGACCAUCAUGAAUAUGGUGUCCGCCUUGUACAAGGAUCCCAGCAUCGGCAACUCCAUCGAGAUCGUGGUGGUGCGCAUCAUCCAACUGGACGAGGAGGAGUCCCAGCUCCAGCUGAAUCUCACCCAGAAUGCCCAGAAGAACUUGGAUCGGUUCUGCAGUUGGCAGCACAAGUUGAACAAGGGCAGCGAGAAGGAUCCGCACCAUCACGACGUGGCCAUCCUCAUCACGCGAAAGAACAUCUGCGCCAACAACUGCAUGACCCUCGGCCUGGCCAACGUGGGUGGCAUGUGCAAGCCGAAGCAAUCCUGCAGCGUCAACGAGGACAACGGCAUCAUGCUCUCCCACACGAUCACCCAUGAAUUGGGCCACAACUUUGGGAUGUUCCACGAUACCGCGAAGAUUGGCUGCCAUCCGCGUGUGGGUCCCAUUGUGCACAUCAUGACGCCCACUUUCGGGGCGGACACCCUGCAGGUUUGCUGGUCGAACUGCAGCCGCAAGUACAUCACGCACUUCCUGGACCAAGGACUGGGCGAGUGCCUGGACGACCCGCCGACGCCGCUGGACGAGUACAACUACACGGGCGAGCUGCCGGGUAUGCGGUACAAUGCGAGGGGCCAGUGUCGCCUCCAGUUCAACCUGACCACCGACAGCGAGGUGGGCGCCUGCUCCACCCCCAACGAGUUCUGCUCGACGCUGUGGUGCAGGGUCAACGGCGAGUGCGUCACCCACAUGCGGCCCACCGCACCGGGAACGCUGUGCGGGCGGAACAAGUGGUGCCAGAACGGCAAGUGCGUCCGCCGGGAGGAGCUGGCGGCGGUCAACGGGGGAUGGGGCGACUGGAGCGAGUGGAGCGAGUGCUCGCGGAGCUGCGGCGGCGGGGUGUCCACCCAGCAGAGGGAGUGCGACAAUCCGGUGCCGGCGAACGGUGGGGUCUUCUGCAUCGGCGAGCGGAAGCGGUACAAGAUCUGCCGGAAGCGGCCGUGUCCGGAGGAGGAGCCCAGCUUCCGGGCGCAGCAGUGUGCCCGAUUCGACAACGUCAGCUACCAAGGAGCCACCUACAAGUGGCUGCCCUUCUUUGACAAGAAUAAUCCCUGCAAGCUGUUCUGCAGCGACGUGGACGACACGAUAAUCGCCAACUGGGGCUCCACGGUGCUGGACGGUACGCCCUGCACGCUGGGCACGAACAACAUGUGCAUCGACGGCAUCUGCAAGAAAGUUGGUUGCGAUUGGAUCGUCGACUCGGAGGUGCAGGACGAUCGCUGCGGUGUCUGCGGCGGUUCUGGCGAUCAGUGCCAGCCGGUGAGGGAGACCUUCGCGGAUCCGUUUGCCGCCAAGGAUGGCGCCUACGUGGAGAUCGUCACCAUUCCGGCGCGGGCCAGGAACAUCCUCAUCCGGGAGCAGGCCAACUCGGCGCACUUCCUCGCCAUCGCCACGGCCAGCGGGGAUCGGUUCUAUCUGAACGGGGAUAGCCUCAUCUCGAUGCCCGGCGAGUUCGAGAUCGCCGGCGCCGAGAGCCUCUACGAUCGCGUCGACGAGCAGGAGACCAUCACAAUACCUCAGCCCAUCCAGCAUUCCAUAUCGCUAUACGCAAUUGUGCGCGGCAAUGAGAGCAACUCUGGCAUUUUCUACGAGUUCACGCUGCCCGCGCUGAAUGUGAGUGCCGGCAGGCAGUUCCUGUGGCGCCUGGGCAACUGGACCACGUGCUCCGCCAGCUGUGGGGGCGGAGUCCAGCACCGGGAGCCCAUCUGCCAGGAGAACGGCAAGGGUCUGGGUGAUACAUUGCCCUGUUGGACGCACGCCAAGAACAAGAGGCCUCUCCGGCAGUCGCGAGGAUGUGGCGAGCAGCCGUGUCCUGCCCACUGGUGGCCAGGUCCUUGGCAAUUCUGUCCCCUGACCUGUCGUCCCCUGGGAGGAUCAGCCACUCCUCCACUCCGCCGAAGAUCCGUCGUCUGUUUGGAUCAACACGAUGUGGUGGUGGCCGAUGCGGAAUGCGGACUCCUGCAGAAGCCACCGGAAAUGGAACCCUGCGAAUCCUCGCUGCCCGAUUGCAGAACCAAGUAGCAAAAGCAAAACCCUAUAUUUAUUGACAGUAC